UUAUCAGUCGGUAUUGUUUAACGAUGGAUGGUGCCAGUCGUGACUCAGCCGACGAAUUGAACUGUCGUGUACGAGGCACCAAAAAACCUCUCUCAAGACGUUCGGAAUUUAUUAUGGCAGCAAUGUUGUGGUACGACGCUGAUACUAACAGGAUGUCUCCAUCUUACAAUAGGAACUAUGGCUCCUAUACUGCUGAAAUGGUCGACCUGGAUGACCAGCCCAUAGUCAACGGGCCUCCUAAUAUGCCGACCAUCAAUAAUUUGAGCGUCACCAGAUCAUCCCGCGUGCACUUCGGCCCCAAAAUAACGAACGUGAAUCAAACUGUUCACUCCACCGAAGUAAUUAAAGGCCGUAUACUAGGCCUCGAGUUGGUGUCAACUAACACUGCCCCACGACUCCGAUGUACCGUUGCCGUCUUCGUGUGUUGGGCGCUCCUAGUCGCCUCUGCUCUUGCCUUCUGCAUUUUGUAUUUUGCAUUGUACAAACACCAAACCCUUCUAGAUAUAGAUUUACCUAUGUCAACGUAUCUGUGCAAUAUUCUAAAGAGCACCACCCUUACAGAAAGGUUGUCAUGCAUCGUUGCAACCGUUGCUGUAAUAAUUUGUAUUAUUGUCCUCAUAGUCUACGUGAUGACCGGCUUUAAAACUGGAUCAAAUACUGUUGAUGUCGCACCCCAUGAAUGGAAUAUCACGAAAGAGAUGUGGUUGGCACAUCCAUAUAAUUAUACGGAGACUACAAAGGAAUUUCAACCAAUAAAGCUUGUCAUCAUUCAGCACACGGUGAGCACCGAAUGCCACAAAUUCAUCCGCUGCGCAGCUGAGAUAAGAAACAUUCAAUCUUGGUACCUUCGAGAGUAUAACUAUGAUAUACCAUAUAACUUUCUCGUUGGAAACGAUGGUCGUAUAUAUGAAGGACGCGGAUGGGGCAUUGUAGGAGCCCAUACUAAGUUUUACAACCGUUGUUCAGUUGGCAUUGGAUUUAUUGGUGACUACCGCGAGGACGCAGGCACUCAACACACGAAAGUUACACAACUGCAAGUGAACAGAACCUUGAUGUUUUUGGAAGCGUCCGUUGAAGAAGGCCACCUUGAUCCCAACUAUGUUGUGAUGGGCGCUAAGGACCUGCAAAGCACAGAGAGCCCCGGCGCAAAUUUGUACAAAGCUAUUCAACAAUGGCCACACUAUGACGACAACAAACGUUACAGGAAUAAGACUUGUGAGGAAAUUUGGGUAAUGAUGGUAGAAAAUUAUUAAAUCCAUACCUGCGUAAAGCUUAUUAAAUCUAUAUCAUUUAUCAUAUAGUUAUGUAUGUAGUCUUUAAGUCAAUAUCAUUAUUUGUUGUUCAUUAUUAAGAGCAUGAAUGAUAAAAAUGUAAAAAAAAAGAUAUACGUUAGUUGAUAUAAGAUGUUAUUAUGUAAUUGCAUGUUUAUUGAUUCUAUUUUAAGAUAGUAUUAUAGAUAUUGCACAUCGUGUGGUCCCGGCGUAGAAUAGGCCACCCCACUAUCCCGUGGGUGUCGUAAGAAGCGACUAAAGGGAAUUUAAUGGCCGAGGGAUGGGCAGCAGCAUCCCUUUUAAAACAUCACCACAGCCUCACUGCGAUUACCAGCCCACCUAUCAAGCAUGGCAAACUACUGGCAAAAUCUCCCAAUAGGGGAAUACCAGUAGAACAAUGUUUGACAGUGAUGAUGGUAGAUAUUUUACCAAUAUACUAAAGGUAGACUUCAUACUAAAGUAAUCUGCAUGGUAUCUCUACCCCACUCGUAUCACUGCCGUGAAACAGCUGUGUUUGGUGGGAUAUGGCAGCAAAAUUACAGGAUACGGAGACAUAACGUCGUAGUCCUUAUGAAUGGCAAGGUCAAGGAAUCAUACAAUGGUUUCAUAGUGUAUUCUGUAAUGUCUAUGAUGUUGGUUACGUCUAUAGGCGACGGCUACCACUUUCCAUCGGGUGGGCUAUCAGUUUAUUUCCCAUUUUAAGUAGUAUUAAAAAAAAUAUGAUUAAUUAAUUUAAUUUAAUUUAUAAAAUAAACUAAAUUAAAAUUUAAUUAAUUUAAUUUUUUAUUUACAAUUUUGAAACAAACUAAAUUACGUUUUAUUAAACCAGCUGAACUGUGGCUGUGUCAGUGUGUUCAAUCUAUUGUUACUUAUUAACGUAAAUAUUUCUUUUUAACAAAAUAAGUAAUUUAAAAAUAAGAUAACGACCAAUAUAGACAUCGGCAAAUAACAAAAUCAUUAAAAGAUACGGCAAGAUAUGAAAUAAACCCAAUAAGAAAAAAAAAAUUAUCGCACAGUCAUACGAACACAAGUAAAUUUUGUUCUAAAAAAAACCAUUAACCAUUGAUAUAAUUUCUAUCAGAAUAAUCUGAAAGUUCUUUCAGAUAAAAAAUAAAUAAAAUCGGUUUAUAAAUAAUGAAAUUCUGAGUUAAUAAUAAAAAAAAAUAUAAUCUAAUUGAGGUCCUCCAGCGCUAUGAACCUACAAAGCACUAAGAAAUACACAAGGCUAUCGAAAAUGGACUUACUAGUGUACCUCACCAGCCAUCAUAGGUCUAGGUACAAAACUGGCAAAACUUACUUGGAAUAUCAAUUACCACAUGAGUAAUGCAUUUAUGUAUAUUAUACCUUUUGAAGUAGUCAAGUAAUUUUAAGUAAAUGUUAGUAAUGUUUAGUAAUAUUCAUUCUCUUUUUUGGUUUUUUUUUUUUUGUAAACUCAACUUUUCUUUGAAAAGCAAAGCUGAGUUUCUUGCCCAUUCUUCUCAGCGGUAAUUGCAUUGUGAAUGGGCGGUAGAGUCAAAUUAUUAAAUAUUAAUUAUUUUUAUUUAUCUAUUCUAAAAAUUACAACUAUGACAUUAUGACAAUUUUAGAUAUACUUAGAGCAUAAAAAUAUAAAUAUAUUCUAUUACAUGUUAUAUAACUGUUGGUUCAUAUAUACCUAAAAAAGAAAAAAAAAGUAGUAACAGUAAAUCUAUUUUUCGAUGUUACAUAUCUAAGUAUAGGUAAUUGUUUUAAUGUUUCAACGAUUUUAUUAAAAGCCGUGAUAAGAUUAUUUAUCGAAUAAAACAAAUGAGAAAAACACAUUUUUGCAAUCUUAUAAGCAAAUCGAGAUACAUAUUUCGAAAAAAAUAAUUUAGAAAGCACUACAUGAGCCAUAGUGCUAACAUUGUACAGAGCUGUUUGAUAAUAAUCUUACUACAGCAUAGAAUAACUGUAGGUUAAUUAUAUAAGAAAAGAUAUAUAGGUUAAAAGAGUUCCCUAGUUUUAGAAGUUGCGUGUUUUUACGCAAGCGUUGAUGUUGAGGUUCUGGGCUCGAACCUUGGCCUAAGCCGCCGUACACUGUCGAGGGAUGAUAGGUCAGUUUUAGUCAGAGACGAUUGGUAUUUUGAUUACCAGGAAAUGCGUGUGAUGAUCUUCGAGGCGAUCUUUGAGAUGGUUUUGGAGGUGUUCUCUGAGAUGGUUUUUGAGGUGAUCUUCGAAAUAAUUUAGAGGUGAUUUCUGCGAUGGUUUUUAGGUAAUCUCUGAGAUGGUUUAUGAGGUGAACUUCGAAAUAAUUUAGAGGUGAUCUCUGCGAUGGUUUUUAGGUGAUCUCUGAGAUGGUUUAUGAGGUGAACUUCGAAAUAAUUUAAAGGUGAUCUCUGCGAUGGUUUUUAGGUGAUCUCUGAGAUGGUUUAUGAGGUGAUCUUCGAGAUGGUUUUUAGGUGAUCUCUGAGAUGGUUUAUGAGGUGAUCUUCGAGAUGGUUUUUGAUGUGAUCUUUGAUAUGGUUUUUGAAGUGAUCGUUGAUGUGAUCUUCGAAAUAAAUAAAGCAAGUGAAAAAAGCAGAUGAGGGAGAGCAUGACAUCAUUAAGGACGCUGGCAUUUGUGGGCACGCGCUUUUGCGCAUGCCGUUUUCGAGGCAAUAGUAGUAGCGAUAGUUUUCAUGACUAUGAUAGAUUAUUGAUGAGGCUCUCCUUCGGGAUUAAGGUCCAUGCAAUGUGUUGCAUUCCACAAUUGAUUGCUGUAUGGAUGUAUUGAUGAGGUCGUAUUAUGAACAUCUAGAUGGAACUAAAAAAGAUAAGUGUGGGAAGAUUAUACUUCAAUUAACUUCCAUCUGUGUUGUGUGUUUUAAAAAUAGGAAUACUAUAAUUAUUGGAUUUGUUUGCUUAUUCGAGUCCAACUAAAUUACCUACGUAUUAAUUAAGCCAGUCAAUCUUUGGCUGUACGUGUGUUCAUUAUUUAAUUUAGUUGGAUUCGAACAGUAAAUAGAAUAUAAGUAAUUAUUUAUACUAUUCGAAUUUAGCCAAAUUAUGUACGUUCUUAUUAAUCCAGCCAAACUGACUGUGCGUGUGUUCAUUUAGUUAAUUUCGUUGGAUUCGAAGAGUAAAAAUAUUAUAAUACUUGAAUAUAAAUAUAUAGAUUAUAAAUUAAGGCAGCCGAACUGCGGCUGUGUGUGUUCCAUAUGUUUUUAUUAUUUGUUUUAUUUGCUAAACAACUUCGACGUUUCUUUUUAACAAAAACAACAAAUAAUAAAAAAAUAUAUGACAAGAAAUAUUGUAGUAACAUAAUGAUCUCAGUAAAAGUCAUACCAAGAUUAUUUAACGAUAAUAAAGCACUAACCAAAACAAAAAAUCCGUUUUCGAUUUUCCGUUGCAAUUCGAACAGUAACAUUAUAAAUGAAAAAUAUUCAAUAGCAGAAUUAACCAGUAUAUAGAGCAUUAUAAAUAAGUGAAAGCGAUGUAACAUUUGAAAAAAUUGAAAGCCAGAUUUAAAUAAAAAAGAUCAUGGAUCACAUUAAAAAGAUAGUAUUUAAAAUAAUAAAAGAAUAAUUUAUUAACCUUUAGUAAACAAAUGUCAAUAGGAAGCCGGAGUGUGAUCGAAAUUAUUGGCAUUCUUUAAGGAAUACUACAAGAGAAACUAUUUUUUUUUUUUCUAAAUAGACAUUAGCUGGAUAUGAACAAAAAAAUUUGUUGAUUUACAACUCAUGUUUUUCUAGAAAAAUGUUUUGUUUCACGGAUAGAACGCUCUUAUAAGCAUGUUCAUAUUAUAUUAAUAUCAUCUCGUAUUAAAUAUUACUACCAACAUUUUAUUCUAAAAUAUACUUAAUUGAUAAGUAGUAGUUAAGUACUUAAUAAGCGCUACAACAUUUUGUAUUAUAUAACGCUGUGGAUUGUUUUUGUUACCAGAGAAUUAGAUAUAAAUUACAACAAUAGCUUCGUCAACCAAAUCUGAAUUUACGACCUCUUAUACCAAUGUAAUAAACUAUUAAACUACGACAAUGCUCUCAAAAAUAAAAUAAAGGGAAAUAAGGUUUAACAGCCAAAAACCUCGCCCCUCACUUCUGCAAGACCUUAUAAUGAAGCUAAUUAUAAAUGAAAGAUAACCUAAAAUAUAUAACAAUGCAUUGCACGAGAUUGCUUAUUAUUAGUUAGGCUUAACUUACAGUUGUAAAAUGAAAAUAUAUACUAAUUAUGGUAAAUUUGGUUUGACCAAAUAAACCAAAUAUAAAUUUAUGGUUUUCUAUAUAAUAGAAACGAUAAAUGUAUUCAUAACAACGGAUGCGAUCCGAAAUUAUUCUAUAUAAUACUAUAAGUGUCAGCCUUUAUCAAGAAAUCUAGCUGUCAAACAGUAUUGCCAAAGAUGUGAGUAAAAUCGAAUUUGUGUUUUCUCGAUAUCAGGGAUUUGAUUUCUUUCAAUCGAUUCUAUAUGGAGUUUCUUGUACCGAAAUAAUCCUAUUCAAAUUUAGUGUUUUAGAUUUUAACCUAAUGAAAUUGUUACCUACAAUUCGGACAAUAUUAGCAUUUGUACAUAUUAAUAUUUUGUACUUUAUAUCAGCAUAAUUUAAAAUUAUAUAAUUUUAUGAUAUAAAAAAUAUGACCUACUUCAAUCGUAAUAUAAUUAAUAUGGAAACUAGGCAUCCACAUAAAAAUAAAUUCUAUCGAUUACAAAAAGAUUCACAAAAAUCCAUUCAAAAUUAGUAUUGAUAUCGAGUAAAAUACUUGCAAAUAAUCAGAGAAACAAGAAAAAGACAUUUUCGUUACUCACAUUUUUAUUAGAUAUUUUUAACGAAUUUGAGAUUACUAUAUUUUUAACAUUAAUAUUUUUAUUAAAUAAGAAAAACUAUUAGCUAUUGUGGCUAUUAUUUUUAUUAAAAUUAAAUAUUAUUGAAAAAGUAAAUUAUUUUAUUCAAUGUUAUAAAAUAAUAAAAGUAAAUAUUUUUAACACUAAUUUUCAAUAUUUUUAACAAAUAAGAGAAACAAUAUCUUUAAUCAAUAUAUUUUUUAACGACAUCAAAUAAAACUAAAUUACAUAAAACAUAUAAACGCAAUAAGGCGCGUGUCAAGGACAAACAUUCACUAGAAUAAAAAUUUUACUUAAAUAGAUUUCAGGCGUAAUUUUGAUUAAAUCCAGGCUCUUUUCGGAAUUGUAUUAAAUCAAAACGUACCAAAACCAAAACUCAGCGUAUCACUAGGUAUAGAAAUGAGAUUAAGUAAAUUGUGCCAAGAAGUUUGCAGAAUUUAUGCACAAGUUUCUCCGCUGUUAUUCGCAUGGCUUUCUCAUUCGGGACAUAGCACUGCUAAUAUUUCAAUAAUUUUUUCAUUGCACGUCACACCAGCUCUUGACGAAGGGUUACAAGUGGACGCUGCUUGCGUCAAUUUUCGUAAGGCCUUUGAUGCCAUUGACCAUGAUUUUCGUCUGGAGAAACUCGCAGCAACUCGAAAAUUAUAGUAAUUCUUUGCCAACAAUUUAUACAAAAGACAGCAGUACUUGGAAUAUAAGGAGCAAGUCUAUGAGCCUUACUUCAAAUUCUCUGAAGUAAGCCAAGGAAAUACCUUCGAGGCCUGGAAUUCAUAUUCAUGAUUAAUAAAAUAUAGUAAAAUGUCAGUCGGACUGCAUUUGUCUUUUUCAUUGUCAUUGGAAUUGCUGAAAAGUUUAAAACUAUAUUGCUUGUAGUACUUUGUUGAUUUGGGAUCUACCCUGGAUGAGCAUUGUUAUAAAAAUAAAAUAUUUUCAUAAAUAAAAGAUGUUUUAAGAUAUUAUUAAUUAUAUAUAAGAUUUUAAUAUUAUAUUAUUCAAUAUUUUAAUUAAUAAGAGAAAUUAUAUUUUUAAAAUUAAUAUUCAAUAUUGUUAACGAAUUAGAGGAACAAUAUUUUUAUUCAAUAUUUUUAAGAGAAUUAGAGAUAGUAUAUUUUUAACCCUAAUAUAUAUAUACAACAAAAAAAUAAACAAUAUUUUAAACUAAAUAUUAGUUAAACCAUAAAAAUUAACUUAUGACGAUUAUUAAGUAUUAACAUUUAACGAAUAAAUAAAUUCAACCAUUACACCCAACUUUACACAGUAACAUAUGGUUGCCUAUAAAAACGGCCGCAAGUAAAUAUAGCAGCAUCUAGUUUUAUUCUACAUGAUGGUGUUGUAUAAUAGUAAUAGGGUCUAACUCCCUAUAACCUGUAUUACAAAGUGUGAUAAAACCUCCACUAAACGUAAGUUUAUUCUUUUUCCUAUACGACAUCAUAAAAAAUAAUAAUUCCCAACUGGCAGCCCUAGGUUGCGCCUAACCGAUAGCAAGUAACCCGGAUACAUUGUAUUUAUUAUAUUUUAAUUCAUCUUUCAUUUAAACAAGUUUUAUAAAAAAAUCUUAUACCUGUAAAACUCUGCGCCGGAAUCUUAGGUUAUUUCAUUUGUAUAAAUAAAUGCAUAUGAUGAAUGUUUUAUCUUUAAUAAAAAUAAUACGUUUAUCUACAUUUUAUAAUAAUUUGUAAUGGCAAUCUAACUCUCUGGAUUACAAACUAACUUUCUGCAAAUUUUCACCAAAAUUAGUUACUAUUUUUAUAUUUACUUUUUCCUUUGACAAGUAUUGAAAGGAAAUUAUAAAGAUAAUGGAUAUGACAUUCACAUUUUGGUUUUAGAUAUGCAUUCAUCCUUGUUUCACUGUAUAAUUAGGUAUAAAAUAAUGAAAUAAGUAAAUGUUAUUCAGCAUUUAAUCAUAGAAUAAUAUUAAUAUAAUUUCGGAAUUCGUGAUUAUUUUAUUAUUGAAUCAAAAAUUAUAUUAAUUACUUAUAAGACUAAUCGGUUACAGAUCCUAACAUGUUAGUUACUAAAUCUUUUGAUUUUUCAUUAAACUUCAGUUAAGUAUUACGUUACAUUAUUUUUUUUACGUAUGAAUUUAUAUUCAUAAAAAUAAAAUUGUUGAUUCUUUUUAAAUAGGACAAAUACUUUGUUAUAUUAUUUUAAAUAUUCUAUGAAUAUAACUAAUAAUACGAAUUUCAAUGUACACAGAGCGACAAAAGUUUACAAAUCGAAAACCAAUCAGAGGCCUCACCACAUAGUACGUAAUAUAUUAUUCAAGGUAAAUCUGUAUAAAUUGAAUAUUAAAUGUUGUACAUUGGUUAACACAACAGAUUAGAAUAGCCCGAUCGAUUUGGCCAAUAGUCCGAUAAUCCAAUUAAGGAUUUUAGAGAGAGAAAAUAAACAGAAUAUCCACUAAACGCUUUAUUAUUAGAUAUUAGUCAAAUAGUAGCUAUAGUAGUAGCAGUAGUAGUUGUUGUAAUUAAUCUAGUGGAAUCAGUAGGUAUAGGAGUAGAUAUAAUUACACAACUCAACCUAUCCCCUAACUAAUCAGAGCUAUACUGAAGAACAAACAGACAUACUCAAAUUAAAUUUUUUGGGAAUACAUAUUGAACAUAAUAAAAAUCGGUAAAAAAACUUUUAAGUUAAACGGUUUUAUUUUAUGUGCACUGAAAACUACAAAAUAAAUAAAUAGUUACUUACCUAUCAACCUACGUAGGUGAUCUCGGUCAUUAAUAUCUCUGAUGGUAGUGGUUGUCAUAGCAUGAACCAUGUCAGCGGCCGAAAGGCAGUUCAUGAGAGAACACUGACACCAGGGUUUGCUUGGUAGGUAAACUAAGCAGCCCACACUAUAACAAGUAGGUAUUUUGACCUUCUAGUUCAGAAAUAUUUUAGUACUAGGCAGAAUAGCUUUUAGGCAUAUUAGACUAAAAUAAAAACGUGGGGCCCAUUAACUAUUUCUGUAUUACUUUCUACUAUACUAAGUGUGGAUUGCAUUGACUUAUUAUAAUCGUCAUCAUCAUCAUCCUAGCGGUUUAUCCCGGUCGCAUCCGAAACCUCAUAGCUCCGGAGUCCAGGGUCCGCUGAAUCGACUUACUAUAAUCGUUACUGGAGGUUUUGACCAUCAAUAACCAGCCGUUACGGCUUCACCAGCGAACGCUGAGCUCAUGAUCUACCAAAGUAUAAGAUAUGCUCUGCUAUAGGUAUGAUUUCAGAGGGGCCCCACGUUUUUAUUUUAGUCUAAUAUGCCUAAAAGCUAUUCUGCCUAGUACUAAAAUAUUUCUGAACUAGAAGGUCAAAAUACCUACUUGUUAUAGUGUGGGCUGCUUAGUUUACCUACCAAGCAAACCCUGGUGUCAGUGUUCUCUCAUGAACUGCCUUUCGGCCGCUGACAUGGUUCAUGCUAUGACAACCACUACCAUCAGAGAUAUUAAUGACCGAGAUCACCUACGUAGGUUGAUAGGUAAGUAACUAUUUAUUUAUUUUGUAGUUUUCAGUGCACAUAAAAUAAAACCGUUUAACUUAAAAGUUUUUUUACCGAUUUUUAUUUUCUUGUUUUUAGUUUUUAGUAGUGAAAUUGUUUACCGAAUAUUCCUCAUUCUAUUUAAUUCAUUCAGUGCAUCAUUAUUACAUGGUUUCUUACCUGAAAAUUUAGUACAAUCUAAUUCCUCAAUACAUAGCCCUUCCAGAGACUUGACUCGACUUAGAGCCACGUACGCUUGUCCUUCCUCAAACCAUUUUGAGCCCAAAUAUACCACUGCAUGGUCGACGGUGCUGCCCUGCAUUUUAUGGACGGUGAAUGCUCAUGACAAAACUAAGGGCAACAUCCUUUUUUCAGCCGUACCAUAAUUGAAUUUUGCUGGAAACUGUAUGGCUUUAAGGUAAAUAACGUGCAUGCCGUCUGUGCCAAAGUCAAUUAAAACUGAUGAUAUAUCUGUUUCGUACAUUUGGGUUCGACGGAACUGAGACCAAAAAAUUUCUGUAAUGUGGCCUAUAGCGUCAUUUACCAAUCCUUUUGUAACGUCAAUGUUGGGCCGCAACAUUACUUUUGCACCUACAAAUAUUUCAAGUACUGAUGGUAAGCCUCCAGUCUUAUUUAUAUUUGUUGGUAUUUUUUAUUUAUUGUUACCAUGUUGUUCCCACAAUUAAGGGGCAUUUUGACGGUCGACCCCCCCCCCCUCGCAGUCCAGUAAAGGGGCAAGGCUUAAUAUACAACAAGAUGCGCCCAAUCUUGAGGGGGAAGCGCUUACGACAUUACAUUUUUAUCCACCCUAAUGGCAUACAGUCCUCGGCACGUUUUAACCUAUUACCUUAACUUGGGUGGUAUAACUACCGCUUACUAACGAGGUAUCUAAUUACCUAUUUUUUUUUAUCUACCCCUCUAACGUCACACAAUCUUAGACGCAACUGUUCUCGAUACGACUAAUCAUGCCCCCACCUAAUACGCCAUUUUGUAACAGCGUCCAUCUUGAAUUUAAAAUUUUGACAUAAUGACAGUAUUCUGCAGUGUAGUCCUAUUAUUUGAUACCCAUAUUGUGGUGGUUGUGGAAAAAUAUGUACCUAGUCCGCCAUAUGGGAACGGCGUCCAUCUUGAAUUUUAAAUUUUGAUAUAAUCAUCGUGUUUUACUAGUGUAGCCCUUUCAUUUGAUACCCAUAUUGCGGGGGUUAAGGAAAAAAAUAUGUAAUCCGCCAUUUUGUAUCGGCGGCCAUCUUAGAUUUAUAAUGUUAUUGAUUUUAUUAUAUUGUAUUGUCAUCUAAAUUAAAUGUGUGUACCAAAUUUCAGAUCAAUCUGACAACGGGAAGGUGCUUAAAUUCCAAUUUCUAAUUUUGACCCAAAUAAAUAAAUACCGUACAGGUCGAGCUAAAUAAAACCGUUUAAAAAUACUCAGCUCGAUACAGCAAACAUACUUGAAUAUUUUUUUUUUUAGAAAUACAUAUUGUACAUAGAAAUACUCAAAUCAAUACGGUUAAACACAUGAAUAUCAUCCUUAUCGUUUUGGUUUUCAUCAAUCAAUUCUAUGGUGUAGGCCUCCUUCAAUCUUCUCCUUUUUAAUCUAUUUUAGGCAAUCAAAGUCGAAUAGUACCCCGUUAGUCACCAGGUCAUCUUUCUAUCACAUCUAUAGCCUCACUAUGGGGUUUUUACAAUCCCAUGGUCUUCACUUCAGCACAUAUUUGCAAUAUGAAUCAGGCUUCGAGCUAAAUAUUUUAUAAACAUAAAAGUUUAUAUUGUACAGCGAUCGAAUCUGCUACUAUUGGAAGACAUGUCAUUGAUUAAAAAGUGAUACCACGAAUCGAAAUAGUUCAAUAUCCGCAAUAAUUGCUCUACUGCUCCACUAGACAAAGUGCAAACGAAUCUAUCGAUAGAAUCGCUUCGGUCAGCUCUCACAUGAGAAGAACAAGACGCACGUCGCCACCCCAUUCAGUCUAAUGGGCUCACUAGUGAUAACAAUUCUGUCAAUAGAUUCAUUUAUACUUUGUCUAAAGCGGUUGGUUAGUUGGUUCUUCUUUUUCUGUACUUUGUCGCUCUGGUUAACUCUCUAUAUGUUAUAGAUGUAAGAAAAAAAAUAAAAAAAAAGUAGAAUCCUAAUAUAUGUGUUAAAUGUA